AUGAAAUCUGAUGUUAACAGCCGACCAACGUUUCAAUGUCAAUUUUCGCCAGAAAUCCAACAAACUUAUCUUCCAACGAUAUACGGGAUAACUCCGACAUACGCAAGACUUGCUCAAAAGGCCGAUCUCACAAGAUUAUCACAAACAUUAAUGCUUGUGAAAAAUUUCCAUUGGAUAGUAAUAGAAGACUCAGAAACUAAGACUAAAUUAGUUGAAAAUUUACUCAAAGAGUCUACAUUGAAAUAUACCCAUCUCAAUAUAAAAACACACAAAUCAAAGCAUUCAACGGCAAGUGGAGUUGAACAAAGAAAUGCGGCUUUAGACUGGCUCCGAGAACACUUAAAGGAAAAUGAGGAUAAGACAGGCGUUGUUUAUUUCAUGGAUGAUGAUAAUACAUAUUCAUUGAAAGUUUUUGAUGAGAUGAGGAAGAUCCAGAAAGUCGGUGUAUGGCCCGUGGGCAUAGUUGGUGGGAUGCGAGUGGAGAUGCCUCUAGUGACCAAUGGCAAGGUGUCAGGCUACAAUGCAGUUUGGAAGCCCUUUAGACCCUUCCCCAUAGAUAUGGCUGGUUUCGCGAUAAAUGCAACAUUGUUCUUGGAGCAUCAAGAUGCGAAAUUCUCUAGAAGAGUCCAAUCGGGAUUUCAGGAAAGCGAAAUAUUAAAGUACGUCACAACAAAAGAUGAGCUGGAACCGUUAGCUGAAAACUGCACAAAGGUAUAUGUAUGGCACACGCGCACUCAAAAACCAUCCAUAAUCAAUCCUAAGAAACUAAAACAACCGCCAAUACCUGACGAUCAUAUUGAAGUC